CAAUGUCAAAUUUCUAAUGUCAAGAUUGUCGAGCAAUGCUGCAGCUCGUGUAAAGUUAUUUUUAAUAUUUAUAAAAUCCUUCUACUGGUGAUCUAUGCUUUAAAACAGUUAACAUCCUCAAAAUGUAUAGUGUUUGCUCGCAUUUGUACAAGAUUCCUGCUGAACUCGCUGCUAUACGGAGAAUAACAUCUAUUAGUGCACCAAGACUUCUUGCAGUAAAAGCCAAAACAUCAGUCGAUUUCCAAAACAAAAGCUAUACCUCUUCUACAAACUAUGCUGGUAAUGAUCAGAGGCGGUAUUCAUACAAAUAUUUGUACGUUUCUCUCUUAUUUGGAGCUGCAGGCUAUGCAUCAUACAAGUUUUGGGUGAAAAAUCAGUUGUUGCCAUCUGUAAAUGCUGCUGAAGAAAUUUCAGAGUCUGAUUCUGAAAGUGAAGUGGACACUAAAAAGAAAAGAUACCGAAAAGAAAAGGUUGGAUUCAGGGACAGAAAGAUAAUUGAAUAUGAAAACCGUAUGAGGUCAUAUUCCACCCCUGACAAAAUAUUUAGAUAUUUUGCUACAGUUAAACUGACAUUUGGUGAAAACACAGAGAUUUAUAUGACUCCUGAUGAUUUUUUACGAGCUAUCACUCCUGGCAUGAAACAGCCUGAUGGUUUGGGGUUGGACCAAUACAGAAGAUAUGAUCCAAAGAGGGAGCAGAUACUCUUCAAGAAGAAUAAAGAAAGUUUACAAAAAAGUAUAAGUCAACGACUCAACUUGGACCUCGAUGAAGACUCAAUUUUCUAUAAGCUCGGCUCCUCGGGACUCAUUACCUUUAGUGACUACAUAUUCCUUCUGACAGUUUUAUCAACAUCCCGUCGCCAUUUUGAGAUAGCGUUCCGUAUGUUUGACCUGAACGGAGAUGGCGACGUGGACUGUGAGGAGUUUGAGAAGGUCGCAGCCCUUAUUCGACAGCAAAGCAGCAUUGGAUCCCGGCAUCGAGACCACGCAAAUACUGGCAAUACCUUUAAGGGUAUCAACUCAGCGUUGACAACUUACUUCUUUGGCCCGAAUUUGAACCAGAAACUAACAAUCGAGAAGUUCUUGGACUUCCAGCAGCAACUUCAAAGGGAAAUAUUGUCACUUGAGUUCCAACGAAAACAACCAGACGAAAAUGGUCGUAUUACCGAAGCCGAUUUUGCUGAACUGUUGCUGGCCUAUGCUGGUUACCCCGCCAAGAAAAAGGCCAGGAUGCUUAAGCGUGUUAAGAAAACUUUCCGCGACCACGGCGUGGGCAUAACAAAGGACGACUACCUGAAAUUCUUCCACUUUCUGAACAACAUCAAUGACGUGGACACGGCGCUGACGUUCUACCACAUCGCGGGCGCUUCCAUCGACCAGCCCACUCUGCGACACGUCGCCAGGACCGUGGCUCACGUCGACCUCGAUCCGCACGUUAUUAACGUCGUCUUCACUAUUUUUGAUGAGAAUAUGGACGGCCAGCUCAGCAACCGUGAAUUCGUAGCAGUCAUGAAGAACAGACUCCUGCGUGGUCUAGAAAAACCCAAAGACACAGGAUUCGUCAAACUUAUGUAUUCGCUAAUCAAAUGUGCGAGGGAUACUAAACCGGCUAUCUUAGAUUUCUAAAUGUAUGGUAACGCUUUUUAUCUUUUUUUUUUAAUAUCUGUAUUCAAUCUCGUUUUAAGGUCUGGGUAUAUCAGUAAAGAAAAUCUUCAACAAUUUGAUAGAUCGCUCAUUGGUCCGGUAAAUAUGCUGACUAAAAUACCAACGCUACCAAUGCAGACUGUAGUCCAGUUUACAUCAAUAAAAUCUGCAACAGAACUAAAAAAAUCUUAUUCCAGCUCAAUUAAAUCUAACAUCUUAACACAGAAGCUGAACAUAAAGCACCCUAGACGCUAUAUAAAACAAUACCCACCGGGUUUUCCAAUAGCAUUUACAAAUACCACACUACUGUAUUUAAAUAAACAUCUUACAUUUCUACUGAAAUCAAAUACAACCAACUUUUGUAUGUGUAUACAGGUCUGUUGGUAAUGAAGUAAUUUACAAUCGGGUGAACGUCCCUUUGAUCGGACGACCUAUAAAGUCUUGCCAUCGUACACACGACUCUUUAUGAUGAUACCUUAUUGAACGUGUAAACGAAAACCGAAUCAUUGCAAACGAAAUGCCAGACAUAUUUAUAAAUAAAUUAAUAUUACAAUUCAGUCUACAAAUGUUCUACUAUGCAAAAACCUCUACGAAUAUUGCAAAAAAUAUCUAUUAUUAUUUAUUUAUGAAUAUUUAAGUAUAUAUUUUAUCUAUAUGGCAAUUAUAAUUGUUGGAAUUCAGGCCUAAGAAUGAUAAACGUUUCGUAAUGUACUGAGCAAUGGCGGAACAAUUCCUUCAUUACAUUACUGAAGGAGUAAACUUCAGGUCUCGUAAACAUUUUGUCUGUUUUGCUCGAA